AGUAGAGUAGAGUUAAAUCUAGAUCUAUCUAUAGUCUAUUAAGUCUAUAGAAUAUAUUAUAUAUCUAUUUAAUCUAUUCACUAUUGAGAUUGUAGAGUAGACCAGGACAGAUAUAGAUUAGAUCUAGAUUAAUAGGUCAUCUACAUACUUAGCUUACUAGUUUUAUUUUCACGUAGAUCUGGAACUUAAAAAAUAUAUUGUUAAAAGUCUAUCGGUAUCAGAGUAUAAUACAUUAAUUGAUUAAUAGAUCUAGAGUAGUUUAUGCUAUUCGGACACCUAUAGGCCCAAAUUUGAAAGUUUGACUUUGACAGCGCAUUAUUUUACAAUGGUUUGACAUAGAAAAGAAAAUGACGUAUCAAAAUCUUCUUUAGUUAAUGGAGAAUAAGGAUGACUACUUAUUUGUACCUCUAACCUAUAUUUGUUGUUAUAUUUAAGGUCAAAGAGGCCGUGUGUUUUCAUUUAAUUCGGACACAUUUGACCCACAUUAUUUGAUUCCGGACACCAUAAUUUAUUUCGGACAGUCUCUAUAUUUAGGCAUCAAUAAACUCAGAUUUUAAUUCUAUAUUAAUAUUAACUAAAUUUUAAGAUCCCCAGGCAUAGCCCCUCACAGGAAAUCAUUACAAUGUUUUCAAACUAUGCAUAAAUACGAACACAAAAAAUAAAAAUAUGAACACACUUAUUCUAUCAAAAUUAGGUCACUGGAAUAGUGACUUCUACACUGACUUUUAGACUUAUUUUAUGUUUGUUUAUUUUAUGUGUGUUGAAUGUUUGGUGUUUGCAUGAUUAGAUGUGUGUUGAAUGUUUGAGUUUUUUUUUGUUUAUAAAUUUAAUAAAUUUCUAGAUCUAAUACAGAUGAUCUUUUGUACUAUAGUAGGCCCCUACAGGUUACGAUAGCCAUUCUGAAUCCUCUAUAUUCUCUCUAUAUAAAUCUAGAUCUAUCUAGUAGGUCUAGAUCUAAGCAUUUAACGUCAUUCAAUGUACCAAGCUCACUCCAAACAUUUGCCCAUUUAUUCUUUAUUUAAAAAAACAACAACAAACGAACAAAUAUAAUAUAAGAUCAUUUUUAUUGAUGUCCAAAACUGGCUGUCCGAAAUAAAUUUUGGUAAGAAAAUCGUAAUCUAAUUCGGACAACGUAUUAAUUUUUUUUUUGUAUGGAAUUAGAAAACUUGGCUUAUGAAUCAAAUAAAUUAGCUCCAAAAACAGAAUAAUUAUUGCCGGGCUCAUUAGUGUAGACUUAGCCAAUCAAAAAAUAUAGUCUUAACUCUAGGAAGAGGUAAAGUCAUCCGGGUAACAUAGGAAAAAAAAACAACCUGACUAACAAAUUUGAAAUUCGUUUUUCUUACAUAAAAAGACAGCUAAAUGGAAGGAAAUUGGGUUAGAAUCAUUGGAAAAUGGACAAGCACAUUAUAUAGCGCGCUAGUUUUAUAAUACAUAUUAAAAUAAUUAUUUAAUGACCACAAAAAACAGCGAAUGUCCGAAUUCAUGUAAUGUCCGAAAUAAAUAAACUACUAUAGUAAUAGUAUCAAAAAAAUCAAGUCUCUACUAUCAUGAAUAAUCUAUGGGCUAAAAAUAGAUCUUCUAGCAGGUGACUGCAGAUGGUUAACUUACUAGUUCUAAGACGUCUAAGUUACUUUACUUAUUAUAGUCUUAAGUUAGUUCAAUUGAAUAUCUAUCUAGAUCUAAGUACUAAUGAUUAGUCAUUAGUCUGAUUAGCUUGUAGAAGACUAAGAAUCUUAUAACCGAACACAGACUUUCUAGAGUAGGAGAAAUUAUUUAUUUGCCAAAAUUUGGUGAAGGUUUAAAGUUUAACAUGCAAAAAAAAAAACUGAAAGCAGAUUCCUCUUCACUUCAACUAGAUCUAUAUAUAUAUAUUCUAUAAUGGACAAUAAAAAUAGCUAUUUCCUAGAUAGAUGCUAUGUAUUCCUACUCAUAGUUAAGAUUUUAUUUUAAAAUAAAUUGGGUCAGUUCAUUCCCCUACACUUAAUCACUUAGUUUUUGAGCUUUCCUUUUUACUAGUGUUUUUAUUUUCACAUAACACUAAAAUCAUUCUGGCGUGCUAGUAGUCUCUGUGGUAGAUAAAGAAUUUAUAUAAUUAAUUGCAGUGACUAAUUUGAAUAAGCCUAUUAGAUGGCCUCUGACUUGCGCAAAGCGGCUAUGUAUCAUCUCAGAAUGAGAUAAAUACCUGUGCAUUAGCUAUGGUCGGAACAACGUUGCUGACACAGCAGUUCUCCCCUCCCUAUGUAGUUGAUGUAUCUAAAGGAAUGGUAAGGGUCGAUACAUUUUGUGAUCCAAUCUCUGCAAGGGUGUAGCACUUAGUACUGUAAAGUACCUUAAGGGUUGCUGGCUCCUGAUUUUUCUCCUUGGUUGAUUCUCAAAGCCUUUCUCAUGUUGGCAGGGUGGGACUAUCUAAUGGAAGUCAACAAAUCAGACAAUUCAAAUACUAUAAAAGGCCUCAGAUGUCAUGGCAAGUUGGAGCCAUCUCUCAUGAUUGAAUGAAAAAAAAAGGGUCAUUAAGAACUAUUCUCAUGAGCUGCUAGAGUCAAAAAGCAAAGACAUUAGUACAUUUGCAUUUAAAGAAAACUGUAAACAGCUCAAAGUGGGAGAGUCCACCCAUAUGUGCCAUCACCCUUGUGUAUGAUGCAAGACCUAUCCAACAUGAAACACAUGUUAAGUUCUUUCAAGGACAUGCUAAAGAAAGAAAACAAGUUUAAAACAGAAAUGGCUGCAGCAGGUGACAGCGAAGAUGCACAAAAAGAAAAAAUGAUGGAAAUUUUUAUCAAAAGUAUGGAAGGAGAACACAUGAGCAUCAUAGAUUCCUUGUUGAAAACAAAACUUCGGGACAAAAGGCUGCCAUUGGAUGUAAAUCAGUGUGUGAUUGAAGCCUCUAUAAGGGGUAAUCUAGUUGUGCUGACCAAACUUUUAAAUCUUCACCCUCGGCUGAGUCAUGGAGAUGAUGAAAACCGGCGGGCCAUCCAUUAUGCUGCCAUGAAUGGUCACCUUGGUUGUGUCAAGCUUCUUCUGAAAUCUGGAGCCAGCAGCAACUGUUCUGACGAUGAUGGAAGAACACCUCUUCACUAUGCUUGCUCUAAUGGUCAUUUAGACAUUGUCAAAACACUUGUAACACAGGGAAGUAGUGUUAACUCUUGCCGUACGGAGAUUGGCGAAUGCGCCUUGCAUGUGACAGCUGCAACUGACCAUGUUAACAUCAUGGAAGUACUUCUGGACAAUGGUGGUGAUGUCAAUAAUAUGACUAGGAAAUUGAAAGGCGGGUCUACUCCACUUCACAUUGCAAUUACUUCAGAUAAGCCUGAUAUGGUUGACUAUUUGUGUAGACACGGAGCCUUGCUUAAUAUGGAGGAUGGAUUUGGCAAGUUUCCAAUCCACAUAGCAUGUGAGAAAGGUGUUGUACGCUGCAUCCCAGUGUUAAUUCAGCAUGGGGCCGAUCUGGAGAUGUUGGACAGCUACAAUCAGACACCCUUGUGUUCAGCUGCAUUAGAAAAUCAACCAGCUGUGGCCAAAUUGCUGAUUGAACAUGGGGCUAAUGUGCAUUCUGUUGAUAACAAUGGAUUUACCCCUUUACACAAGGCUAGCAUUAAGGGUAAUGUCGAGCUGAUUGACCACUUAAUGUCUGCUGGUGCUGACCUCAAUAAGAGAAGCACCAAAAGUCUUCAGACUCCACUCAUGACGGCUGUUUACUUUGGUAAGCUUGAGGCCAUCAAGAGACUGGUUCAUUACGGAGCUGACACAACUGUAACUGAUAUCAAUGGUCAGACUCCACUCCACCUGGUGCACUCAAAGAUAGGAGGUGAUCCAAUAGAUAAAAUUUUGCUAGCUCUGUUAGAAGGUGGCGGCCGUCUUGAUAUCAGGGACCAGAACCACUUCACCCCACUUCAGAAAGGCAUAUAUACUGGAGUUGUCAGGAGUAAUCUGUCCCUGCCCAGCAUUCAGCUCUUGGUACAGGCUGGCUCUUUGCUGGCCCCAGACAAGUAUACAUCCGGCAAGAAUUCACCUUUGUUCUGGCUGGCUUACUCUGGUUGCUUGAAAGAAGCUGCGUAUCUGGUCAGAGCUGGCUGGGACCUGAACAAUGAGACAUGGAUCAUGUUGCCAGGGAAAGAUUCAAUGCAGGACAAGCUUCAUGAUUUCAUGAUUGUCAAUUUUAGGACUGUGCCUUCAUUACUGCACCGUACAAGACAGGUUAUAAGGUCACAUCUCUCUUCCAUCAGAAAGUUUAGAGAGAUACUCUCAUCUAUAGACAGUCUGCCAAUCCCCUCUGCUCUGAAGUCCUACCUAAAACUUGAAGAUGUUGACCCAAACAACAUGGAUUUCUUGGAUUGGGAGGAUGCUGGACCUUAUGAUGAAGAUGAGGAUGAAUCAGAUUCUUAACACAGCAUGGCAUUUAUGACUUUUGUAUCUCCCUGCAUGGUGUGAACUUAGUACUCUCUCUAUAUAUAGGUGUUGUUUUUAGUGUAAUUCAAAGUAAUUGUAUGUCACAAUCUCAUCUCAGACUGACAUAUUUAUUGUUGUUCAUUUUAUUCUGUCCAAAUAAACCAAGUUUCUCCAGAACAGAUGCAGCAUUAAUCAAUAUAUCCCCGUUGCCUCUUGUUGUAAAUGUCAUCCUCAGAUAAGAUGAUAUGGUUAGGUUUGACUUCUUUCAUGUGCUGGAAUGUGUUGAUUAGAAAAUACUGAUGCCUAGCUAGUGAUGCCUAGCUACUGAUGCCUAGCUACUGAUGCCUUUAUGAAUGUGUAACCAAUAUAAUAAAGCUUUGGCUCUGUUGUUUCGUUUUCAAAAGGAGUCAUAGGCCUGGCAUGCACACAUUGUUUCUUUUAUACAUUUACUAUUUGUAUAGUAUGAAAACUUUUUUUUUUGUGAAUUCUCUAAGUCAAUAUUUUUUUGUGAUUGGGUUACUGCAAGGUGUUAUUUUCUACCAUGGCUGGAGUCAUUAGUAGAAUAGUUUCUUACUAUUUGUUUCCUGUGAACUUUUGAGGCAGAAGCUUAAGUAGAAACCUUGACCAAGUUUACAAGAGUCAAAUCAGUUGAGAAGUUUCAAAUUAGGUUUUUCCAUAGAGCUCAAUCCUCUUCAAAGUUUGCUUAUUAAGAAUGAAAUGUGGUAUCGUUUGAUGCAACUAGUUACUUUGUGACAGUAUGGCAACUUCAGAUUAUGUAUUGUCAGGACAAGUAAAGAAGGUUUUGAGGUGGUAACUCUCAAUUGAUGCUCACACAAUUAGUGUUGUGAAUUUGAUAUGCAUCACAAUACAAAAUUAUUUAGAUAAACUCAUCCAAACUAAACAUACAAAAAUAUUUCUUUUGUACCCUUCCCCCCCCCCCCACUUUUUUUUUUUUUGCAGAUUUUUUUCUUUUUUUACAAAAUACAAAUGUAGAUUUAACUUGGCAGGUGUAAAUGAUUUCUGAUUUAUUGUCACCUUUUUAAUCUUUUCAAUGAUUUAUGAUAAGUUCUGAAUUGACCUUAAGAAGUCUUCAAAGUGGACACACCUUCAGUGGAUCAAAUUCAUUAUUAUUGUCCUACAUGCUAGUGAAAUAGACCCAAUGUUACCCACAAUCUCUUAAAACAAUUUCACUAAAAUGUGAAAGAGCAUCAAAGCAAAAAUAAUGUGAAGUUUUGUGUUUCAGUGGUUAGAUACUUUUUUGUUUUGCUUCAAUGGCUUAGUGAAGAAAAGUCAUGAAAUGUUCAUUUUGAAAAACAAACUCAUUGAAUGGAGAGAGUGUCACAGAGGGUCAUUAAGGAGAAUUUUUUUUUGCCUAAUGACUUUGUUUACAAUACUUGUGUCUUUAUUUGUCAUUUCAUGAUUAUAAAUUUGAGUGCACUAACACUUUAUGGGGAAUGAUUAGUGAAACUAUUAUUCCAAUGGUGAAAGGAAAAAUUGUAGUGAUACUUCCAUAAGUUGGACACUUUUUAAGUUUUUCUGGUGAGUUUUUCUGUUAACUUUUAUGUUUAUUUAAUCAACUUGUAAUAGAGACUUGCUACGAGAUUUGUUUUGUUCAUUUAGACAUUACUGCAAUGAAAAUGUUUGUAACUCCUUUCAAAUUUUUAUUUACUAACACAAAAGACUGGAUUGAGCUGUGCUAGAUUUAAAAAAAAACAACAUAUUUCUACCUCAUAAAAGGUCAUAACUUGGACUAAGCUCCAAUAAAACCAAUAUUUAAUAAGACCAGAGUUCAUUGUAAGACCUUCAUCAAGUGGGUGGAUUUGUCAUUCACUGUUGGCAGUUUCUAGAGUUUUAUUUUUUUCUGUUCUCUUUAAAAUGGGAAAUGUUUGUCAUGAUCAAAAAUUACAUUUCUAUCAUGACCCCAAAAAUCUUAAAAUUUGUCUAUUUCUGGCAAACAUCAUUGAAUGUCAUGAGCAAUAAUUUUGAUUUCUUGGUGUAAAUUUUCAAGUUAUACCAUGCUACAGAAAUGAAGUACUGGUACCAUGUGCAGUGACCAUAUGUAGUGACCAUAUGCAGUGACUGGCUUGCUUGCGAAAAUUUCUUGGUCACCUCAGCGAACUAUCAAAUGUAGUGACCCACUUGUUGUUGGCAUGUUUAGUGUCAUAUUUUCUAGCAUCCGUCGUACUUUAUGUAAUGACUGUAUUUGUUGAUGCCUUGUUUUGAUACUCAGGUAAUGAUAGAAUUCUAAGAUCUGAUACUUUAGCUUGUCUAUUUAUGGCCCAUACUUUCCACAUUAUUUUGUUUAAUGUUAUUUAUUUCAUGUGCCCAAUCACAGCCUGACAAAUAAUUGUGCAAGACGUAAUGAUUUUUAAAUAUAAUUCUAUGAAAAAAUGUGUAUGUGGUACAUUUAUUUGUAAAUACAUGGCCUGCCUGUCAUCAUUGGCUCAUUUCUGAGUCCAAUUACUUUAGUUGAUCAAACUUUCAGCAUUUACAGCUUGAGAAAGUUACAAUUACAAAAUAGUUGAACAAUAAAUUUGACAUUGCAUGGCUACCCUUCAUUUUUACAUUUGCUAUCACACUUCUGGUAUGCCUUUUGUCUAAAUCUUGAAGUCAAAUACAAUUUUGUAAACUUUCACCACCUUAUCUGAAACUCUGGUUGCACCUGCCAUGAUAACCACAAAGAAACAAAUGGAUUUUUUUCUUAAAUGCCUUUUAUAUGCUCUAACAUCAAGCAGGUAUAGGUUUUUUUUCCCCACUUGCUGUUGAUAAGCUUUUAGAAUGAAGUGACCAGCUUUUCAAAGCAGCAUGAUAGAUGUUAUUGAGUAAUCACAAAGUAUCAAGCAAUAACAUUGAGAUGAGCUGUUGGAUAGAUUCAUUUUGAGUUGAACUUUUGAAAGAAGUGACUCUAUUGCUUGAUUGUCUGUAACUAAUUCAGAAAAGACGCUGAAGUUACAUAUAUCUUGAAUGGAUGUCUAUGCACCCAUGUGAUAAUAGUUGAUUAUGACAUCUUGUAAUUAUAACAUUGAAUUGGAAUACCUUUUGUAUGAAUGGUUUGAAAACAAAACAUAUGAAUGUUCCUACUGUUGGUAUUGAUUUAUAAGCUUCUACAUACUGGUAUGCAAGUAUUUGUUCAUGUAAUGUCUGACUUCUGACACCACUACUUAAAACCACAUUGGAACAAACUGAACUAUGUGUUGCCUAGCUUCUCAGGAGCUGAAUGUACAUAAGUUAUAUCCAGCUUGCUGACUCACUUGCUCAAUAUUGAUAGAAUCCUACUUAUCUGCCUUUGUGUUUCAAAUAUCAUCAGCAGAAGUAUUGUGGUAACACUUGACAAACUGGUGAAAUGGGAAGAGUUAGUUCCAAAGUCACCAGUCAACCCUUGAUUCUGUUUCUAAUGAUGAACUAGAUCUAUUGAAAGCAUUUGUCUACUGCACUACACUUUCUUCUACUAGUCACUCAGUGCAGGAAGAAGAUUUGGGUUUACAAGUUAUAACACAGUUUUGUUUCUUUAUCAUUUUAGUCAACAUUUGUCCAUAGUUUUUUUGUUUUUGUACUUGAGACAUGCCUGUCUCUCUGACUUGGCCUAUAAGCUGAAGUAAAGUCACCAUGGUCUGACUUUUGUUUUUGUACUUAAGACAUGCCUGUCUCUCUGACUUGGCCUAUAAGCUGAAGUAAAGUCACCAUGGUCUGACUUUUGUUUUUUUCUUUCACUUGUUAAUCAACUGAUUUUAAAUACUGAUAUUGAUAAAUUUGGAAAUAGAUUUACAUUGUGAAAGUUAACUGCUAGGAACGGUUAUUUGUGAGGUCAAAAAUUGACUAGAUUAAAUGUCAAUGUAAGGUAUUAAGAAACAGUGAAAGUAAAUUUAUUUUAAACUUAUAAAUAACUCAGUUAAAUUGUCACAAUUCUUUUGACACCCCCUAGAAAUGAACUUUAUAGUAUCUGUCCAUUUCAAACACAAUGUGCAAUUCUGUAAAUAUUUAAACUCAAAACUUUCAGACUUUCAAGUGCAAUGAAUCAGCAGUUCAUUUCUUUGGUUUACCUCCCUUUCUUCUUUGUGAUUGUGUGACUCUUGGUUCCACUCUGUCUCAUUUCCAUCUGGAGACAUUUUCUCAAGUAAUAUUUCUCUAUUAUUGACCAAUAAAUUGGGUAAAUUAAAAACAAAACAAAAAAACUCCAUUAUUUAUGACAUUUUUAUUUUUGUCUUAAUUUUCAGUCUUUAUUUUUGUAGAACGUUUGUACAACUUGGUACAAGAUUUUUAGUUCUGUCUACUCUAGCUCAACCUAAAUAGAUGAGAAAUACUCAGGAUUUUAUAUCAACAUUAUACUGUUCAUAACUUCAUAGCUACUUGCAUUUAUUCUACCUAUAUUCAUAAAUAAUGUUUUUUUUUUUAAUGUAUGUGCAUGAAGACUUUGAUCAUUAUUAUAGCUAGAAAAAACAAAAAUCCCAGACAUUUCUUUUUUGGCAGCUUUUCAACUUGAUAUCAUUGAUAAUACAUUUUUGUAAUAGUAUUUUUUGUAUGUACCGUAAUGGAAAUCAGCAGACUUAUUCUGUGGCCAGAUUUUUCUUUUUCUACUUAAAAGGACCAAAAAAAAAUGAUAAUGUAACAUUUCUAUUCAUUCCACAAGUUGAGUACAAAUAUUUUUUUGUUUCAAUUUUAAAAAGAGCUACAUUUUUCUAGUAAAAGAUUGUGUCAAUGUUAUGACUAGAGCUAAUGUUUGUUUGAAAACAAGAGUUACUAUGAGUGAUUGUAUUCUAAUGUUGUCAACUACAGAAUUGUUUGGGUACUGAAAUAAAAUGUUGUAUGUUGUCAA